AUGGAAGCUGAUGGUUCAAACUCCGGCCCUAACGUCGACCCGGCCUACGAACGACUCCCUGCAUUCAUGGCGGUUUUCGAGCAGGGGCGAUUCCAUGAUGACAUGCGACUUCCCGACGCAUUCAUCGGGUUUCACGGCCAUGACCUACCGUUCGACUGUAGGCUCGUUUGGCCGAAUGGAAUCCGCUAUAGAGUGCGAGUUCUAAAGCUUGGUCAUGGGUUCUUCUUCGCAUCGGGAUGGAGGGAUUUCGUUCGUGCUACCGGGAUCGUAAAUGGCGAUGUUCUCACUUUCACCUUGGUGGAUGUGGGAAUUUUCAAUGUUAAACGGUUUGAUAGCGAAACACAUUGCCCCCCCCAGGGAGACGUCGACGUUGUUGAAGACGACAAUGUAGAAGGAAGCCACGGCCCGGACAUCGAUUCGUCCGACAAUUACUUGCCUUCGGGGACUGAAUCCGAGACAACAAUGGACGAAGACUACGUAGACGAUAGCCGGGCACUAAGCAUCGAUGGCUUCCCAACAUUCAUCGUUACGCUCACUCCGGCUAACAUCAAUCGCAGACUUGACAUUUCAUAUGGCUUUUGGCGACGCCAUAUCCCGAUGGGUGCAAUACAAGCAGGAUUGUAUCUGGUGACAGAUGGGAGGAUGUGGCGUUGUACCCUUAAACACAACUCGACGACUAUAUGGGUUAAGCAAGGGUGGGCGCGAUUCAAGCACGACAAUAAUCUGGUCGAAGGGGUGCGGUGCCAUUUUAAGCUCGUUGAUGCGUUUGUUGUCCAGUUCCAUGUGGAGAUUGAACGUCCUUAG